AUGCACAACGGCAAGUUCUACGAAGACGGCGCACAGGUGCCCUCUGACGAGCCGUGCCAGCACUGCUACUGCAUGCGUCACGAAGUGGUCUGCGCCGUGAGCGACUGCAAGGCACCUUCGGACGGAUGCGUGGCUAUGCCUACGGAGCCGGGACACUGCUGCCCAUUGCGAUACGAAUGCCCGUCCGACAUGACAACGACGCUGGGACCGGGAAUGACAAGCCCGGCAGCGACGACACCUUCGACGUUCGAAACGGUGGAAGGCAAGCAGGGCGUCAAGGACGAGGGUGUGACGCCAACCCAGGCGGCGUCUACCACGGUUGCGCCUUUCACGACCACACCGACAGCCGUCAGCUUCACAACAGGCGUCACUGGCGAAGCAACGACAGCUGCCCCAGAACUCACAAGUGCCAGUGUACAGACAUAUGCCGCGAAAGAGACGUCUGAACCGGCGCUAUCAGAGACGUCGACGGGGGCACCGAGCACUACAGCCGAGGCAACGACGAAGCCGUCUGAAACUGAGGCGACUACGCCCGAAACCAGUGCCAAGUCAGAAGCAACCACGGAGCCCGUGACUCCGAGCAGCGAACUUCCAUCGACAGGAAAGCCGACCACUGCCGAAGGGCCCCGGGAAGACGAGGGACCAGAGACGACCGAGUCGCAGCCAGCCAGUUCUGUUACUCCCGCCGUGAGCACAGAGGGAGCGACCACGGUGGCAACCACUGAAGCCGCCACGACGCCCAAGGAAGGGGCCACGACACAACCUGAGGCAACCUCUACUACCACUGCCGAAGCAUCAACAACUGCCGCCGUGGCCACCGCGACCCCGGAAGCAGAAGCCACGACUGAGCCGACAACGUCGUCUACAUAUGCGGAAACAGAAGGUGUAACUUCGUACGAAGCCAAAGAAAGUACGCCAAAGAAAGAAGAAACGUCGGCCGCACCCGAAGUCACAACAGCGUCGACUACGGGAGCAACCGAGGAGGCUUCCUCGGAAACUCCAGAAGUCAGCACAGUGCCAAAAACUACCGAGGCUGCAGAAACUUCAACCACGCCCGCUGCUACAAGUACCGGUGUCACCGAAGAGGCGACCACGGCACAUACCGAGGAACCCACGACGGCAGGAGCAGCAAGCACAGCAGUGGAAGCUGCGGAAGCAUCAACGCCUUCCGAGAAGGUCACUGAAGAAACGACGACUGCUGGAGUAGAAGUCACAACUGGCGCUUCAACGCCCUCUGAGAAGGUCACCGAAGAAACGACGACUGCUGGAGUAGAAGUCACAAGUGGCGCUUCAACGCCCUCCGAGACGGUCACCGAAGAAACGACGACUGCUGGAGUAGAAGUCACAACUGGCGCUUCAACGCCCUCUGAGAAGGUCACCGAAGAAACGACGACUGCUGGAGUAGAAGUCACAACUGGCGCUUCAACGCCCUCUGAGAAGGUCACCGAAGAAACGACGACUGCUGGAGUAGAAGUCACAACUGGCGCUUCAACGGCCUCCGAGAAGGUCACCGAAGAAACGACGACUGCUGGAGUAGAAGUCACAAGUGGCGCUUCAACGCCCUCCGAGAAGGUCACCGAAGAAACGACGACUGCUGGAGUAGAAGUCACAACUGGCGCUUCAACGCCCUCUGAGAAGGUCACCGAAGGAACGACGACUGCUGGAGUAGAAGUCACAACUGGCACUUCAACGCCCUCCGAGAAGGUCACUGAAGAAACAACGACGGCUGGAGUAGAAGUCACAACUGGCGCUUCAACGCCCUCUGAGAAGGUCACCGAAGAAACUGCGACUGCUGGAGUAGAAGUCACAACAGGUGCUUCAACGCCCUCUGAGAAGGUCACCGAAGAAACGACGACUGCUGGAGUGGAUGUAACAACUGGUGCUUCAACGCCCUCUGAGAAGGUCACCGAAGAAACGACGACUGCUGGAGUAGAAGUCACAACAGGUGCUUCAACGCCCUCUGAGAAGGUCACCGAAGAAACGACGACUGCUGGAGUAGAAGUCACAACUGGCGCUUCAACGCCGUCUGAGAAGGUCACCGAAGAAACGACGACUACUGGAGUGGAAGUCACAACAGGUGCUUCAACGCCCUCUGAGAAGGUCACCGAAGAAACGACGACUGCUGGAGUAGAAGUCACAACUGGCGCUUCAACGCCCUCCGAGAAGGUCACCGAAGAGACGACGACUGCUGGAGUAGAGGUCACAACUGGCGCUUCAACGCCCUCUGAGAAGGUCACCGAAGAAACAACGACGGCUGGAGUACAAGUCACAACAGGUGCUUCAACGCCUUCCGAAAAAGUAACUGAAGAAACGACGACCGCUGGAGUGGAAGUCACCACAGGACCUGCCAGCUCCACAGAGGCCACGACAACAUCGGCUACUAGCGAGGGUGCUACAGAGGAAACAACCGUGAGGCACACGGAGGAGUCUACGACAACAGAAGUGGCUAGCACACCUGUACAACCGGAAGCUACGUCCACACCUUCUGAAGCUGCCUCGGAAGAAACAACUCCUGGAGGAGAAGCCACCACAGGGCCAUCCGUGUACACCGGAGUGACUACACAGAAGCCGACGGAGGUAACGAUGGCUAAGAUACCCGAAGUGGAAACAACAGUGUCUGAGCUCGGAAGAGAAGAUACGCCAAAAACAACUCCAGCAUACGAAACCAGCACCACUAGUGCCGCCUCGACACCAGAAACCACUGAAGAGGUUACAUCUGCAACGCCGGAAGCUACGACGCCUCAUGAAGUUACAGAGGGCGCCACAAGCGAAGGAACCACGGUUCCGGCAGCCACUUCUGGAGCUCCAGAAACAUCGCCUACAACAGAACAUGUGACGGAAGAAGAAACAAAGCCCUCUACAGCACCCACGACGCCAUCAGCAGCUGGAACCGAAGGUACGGCCACCCCGUCUUCAACACCUGAAGGUACCCCGUCAUCCGCAGUGACAGAGGAAACUGCAACGACAGCGUCGGUGACACCGUCCGCAGAGGUCACAGCAUCGUCUGCAACAACCGGUGAAGCGACGACUGUACCUGCUACCACUCGCGAAGAAGUCACGACACCUGAGGUUUCAGAAAAAGAGAAACCUGAGACCGUGACAAUGGCAGACACGACAACGGCGCACACACCCGAGGAGGCCUUAUCGACAACGCCAGCUGUAUCGACGGAAGCUGUUUCUACGCCAGGAAUCGCUACAACAGCGCCUCCAGAAGUGAGCGAGAGCGUUACAACUCCUUCAGCAACAACCGGUGCUGAAGUAACGACGCCAUCUGAGGCCGAGAGAUCGACUGCACAAGCAACUGAAGAGCCGUCUACAACUUCCCCAACAAUGGAAAAAGAAACUACAAGCGCGGUAACUGUGGGUUCUACUACGGAAGCUGCGCCUGGUUCUACGACGACGGAAGGUGUUACAGGUACAAUGGCAGAAGGUGUCACCGCUACAGAAGCAGUGACAGGUUCAACAGUGACGGAAGGCGUUACUUCUGAAGUGACAACUACGUCGACGGGAGCAACUCCAGAAGCGGUUACUACACAGGAACCAUCCGUUACAGAACAGACCACCACUGAAACUCCGUAUAUCACGACAGCAACCAGGGCUCCCGAGGCUGGCCGAGACGAAGAGGCACCAUCUACGACGCCUAUACCUCCCGGAUACACGCCUUCAAGUCCAUCAGAGGAGUCUACAACUGUGGCGGCAGGAGCAACGACCGAACCUGGCGUUACCACUACGCAUGCAGCCACAGAGGGUACUACGACGACCGAAGUAUCUUCCGUCAAGCCAGAAGUCACGACAGGCGCCCUAACCACCACAGAAGUGCCAGCGACAACGCCACCGGUGACACCGAGCGAUAUCCUCACCACUCCAGGUUCGGAGGCACCCGAGCCAGAACCCACGGCAGGAGGCCCGGAAAGAGAGCAGGGCGAGGAGUCGUCGUCAGUAACCCCAGCUGAGACGACGAGCACAACAGAGGUCACCACGCCGGCCUCGACUAAGGAAACGCCAGUGCCGACCUCGGAACGGCCGACAACAUCUGCUGAGACGACUCCCUCGGAGGUGGCGACGACCAGGCCAGAAAUGACUACCGAGGGCAAGACGCCUCCUGCACCGGUAGAGCCGACGAGUAAGCAGCCAGCGCCAAAAACGUCUGAAGUUCCGGGAGAAGUCGAACAGGCUACAACGACGCCAGUUGAAAUGGCACCUACUACCGAAGCUGUGACGACACCAGCGGUUGCAACAACAGAGAAGCCCCAGGCGACUGUCAUAACCGAAGCUCCCGUUACGGGCUCUACCGGCUUCGAAACUCUAGAUCACAGGAAAGCACCCACAACAACGGAAGCGCCGGCAUCGACUCCGGAGGCGACGCCGGAAGCACCCACGACAACCGAACAGCCGGCUAUUACGCCAAGCACAGGUUUGCCUACAAGCACUGAGGCACCCGUGUCAGCAACAACACCAGUUGAGCCCGCAGUAUCGACAACGAAGGAGGACACCGUCGGCCGGGAGGACAAGCCAUCCUCCGAAGAGGAACCAGAAGAAGAAGCUGACUGUACUUACCAAGGACAGACUUACAAGUUCGGUGACGAGGUUCCACCGCCGGACGCCUGCAAAUAUUGCCGCUGCUUCGACGGCGAAGUCAUCUGCGCCGAGAAGGUGUGCCUCCCGCCAGCACCGAACUGCGUUCCUGGACCAAUACCCGACGGCGAAUGCUGCCCUGAAAUGUACAAUUGUGUACGCCCUGAGUGUGGACCGCCCAAGUGA